CCUCAACUUGCUUCACAAUCUGAUGUUUGCUCUUCCAUGUCAUGGCGGACCAUCUCAUCGUCGACAAUGGGUGCAAUACCAGGUCUGGACGAACAGGUCAUAUGACCCUUUCACAUUCUGUCUCACCGAGCCUCUGAUUCUGGCGCGGCAAGGAAAAGACAGCCCACAGAUCUGUCACGAACCUUGAAAUCCUCACAGCCCAGGGCCAUCUCUUGUUGCCUCAUCCAGCAGUAUAAAAUGUCAGCAGUGCUCUUUGUCAAACGUAAGGCACUGUCUUCACAAACAAUAUGCCCUCUUCUCAGCCCAACAAGCUCUGCGUUCCGUCCUAAGAACAAAGUGAUACAACACUUUGUGCGAUCCAGACAGGUCUGGAUUCAUCCAUCGCACGAUGGGCGCGCCCGCGCCUUCAGCUCGACCAGGUUGAACGCAAAACGACUGUUACUUAACGCGUUGCCCCCUCGUACAAACUUCUAUUUAAAGGAAGCUCCAGCCAAAGAACCUCUCUCCCUUGAAUGGUAUCAACCACCGAGAAAUCUUUUGUUGAUAAAGAAGGACUGCUCAGAAGAGUCAACAGAAGCUCUCAAAGAGUUCGGCAAGCAUGUCAAGUCCACCUACCCAGAAGUCAACAUUCUCCUUGAAGCUCGAGUAUCAUCUGAGAUUGGCGACAACUUGAACUUUGACCACUUCGGUCCCACAGAUUCAGCAGAUCCGAAACCACAGUACCACGAUAAAGUCGAUCUUGUUGUAACAUUUGGUGGCGAUGGAACGAUCCUGCACGCUGCCUCUCUUUUCGCCACAUCCUCCAAAGUACCGCCGAUACUCUCGUUCAGCAUGGGCACGCUUGGUUUUCUGAGCGAGUGGAAAAUUUCCGAAUACAAACGAGCUUUUCGCGAGACAUACAUGUCAGGCGCCACCUCAGAGAGACAUUCUGUCAUCGAAGGGCCAUCAUCAACAGGUGCCAAAGGUGACCAUACCGGCUGGUCAUCGGCACGAGGAAAGAGCAUGGGUCAGGCAAGAGGGGCAAGAGUCCUUGUACGACAACGGCUCAAGGUAGCUAUCUUCGACCCUGAGGACAACCAGCUUAGCAGCAAUGGGGACACCCUGCACGACACACAUGCAAUGAAUGAAGUCAUCCUUCACAGAGGCCGAGAUCCGCACCUUGCCAUCAUGGAGGUAUAUGUUGGUGGCCGCUUCCUCACCGAAGCAGUGGCAGACGGCAUGAUUAUCUCGACUCCAACUGGCAGCACAGCGUACAGUCUCAGCUCGGGUGGAAGCAUCAUUCACCCUCUCGUAUCUUCUUUGCUCCUUACACCGAUCUGUCCUCGAAGCUUGAGCUUUCGCCCUCUCGUCCUGCCAGCCACCACACCGAUCACUUUGAAGUUGAGUGAGAAGAACAGAGGUCGAGAAGUCGAAGUCAGCAUCGACGGGGUGAGAAGAAGAGAGGGCAUCGGUGUUGGAACAGAAUUGCGUGUCUCAGGAGAAGAAAUCAAGACCGAGACUGAUGGAUUUGUGGCCGGUAUUCCCUGCAUCAUGCGAGGAGCUAGUGCAGGCACUGAGUCAGAUGAUGGAUGGGUUGGUGGUCUGAAUGGCCUGUUGAAGUUCAACUAUCCAUUUGGCGAAGAAAGAUGAGAACAGCACUCAACACACUUCCACUCCCGAUCAAGCAACGAUCGCGCUGCAAUGCUUGUGAAAGCAUCCCUACCACUAUGGCAUCAAGGUCUGGGAUCGCUUUCGAUGCCAUUGCCGUUGCAUCACAGGGCAAACCAGACGAGCCACAUCAGAGCCUUACCGAUCCAGUUCAGCAUGGAUAGUACUGGGCGUCAUGGUCUCUCAAGUUGUACUCAGUGUCUCGUCGCAUAGCAACAUGGGCUUCUUCUUCCUCUCGACACCUUGAGUCUCUUGUCCAAUUGUGACAGAGCCACUUUGCGGGUUACCCUUCUGCAGAGGAGACGUGAGCGUCACCCAGCAUGUCCUUGAUCGUUCUCUUCG